AUGGACGGUGGUGGAGCUCGAGUGGAAAGGAGGAGGAGUAUCAAGGAACGGCUGGGAUUGAAAGGCAGCCGAGGACGUGGCUCAGACUCCGCCGGCAACGGCCAGGACCGCCGAACAUGGCUGCUACGGCGCAGCUCCGGCGGCGUCGCCGGGAUGAACCUCGCUGCAGCGCUUGCCGCGGAGCGCCACUUCCGGGCUGCCCAAGAUACCGUUGGUAGCGGAAGCCCGCCGGCGGUGAGGGGAACGCCUGUGCGAGUGUCGUUGAUGAUGCUACUGGAGGAAACAGACGGUGCAGAUGACUUGGGGGCCGAUUCCACGUGCUGCGUGUGUAUGGAAAGGAAAAGGGCGCAGCGUUCAUACCGUGCGGGCACACAUUUUGCCGGGUGUGCUCGCGGGAGCUGUGGUUGA